GGCUUUUCAGCACCGUGAGAGCCAGGCCCCACCAGGGGUCUUUCUGGAUUUCCCACAAUGGUGUCAGUUACAAUGGCUACGUCCGAGUGGAUUCAGUUUUUUAAGGAAGCUGGGAUUCCUCCAGGCCCUGCUGUCAACUACGCAGUUAUGUUUGUGGAUAACAGAAUCCAGAAGAACAUGCUGUUGGACCUGAACAAGGAGAUCAUGAAUGAGCUAGGGAUCACGGUGGUGGGGGAUAUUAUCGCUAUCCUCAAGCACGCUAAAGUUGUUUACAGACAGGAGAUGUGCAAGGCAGCUACUGAAUCGGUGUCCUCCAACCAGCCAAGUAUGCAGUCAGAGCUCCGCAGGAACGCCAACAGCGCCGCCACCCGUAUGAUCGCUAACAGUUUAAGCCGAGAUUCGCCACCUGCUACCCCUGUCCGAAGACCUGACACCAGUACGUCCAAAAUCUCUGUUACUGUGUCCAACAAAAUGGCUGUGAAGAACGCAAAAGCAGCAUUAUGCGAUCCAGCGGAUGAGAGCCUGGUGGGCCCGGUGAAACGACGGCGAGUAACAGCGGAGAUGGAAGGGAAGUACAUCAUCAACAUGCCAAAAGGUACCACGCCCAGGACUAAGAAAAUCCUGGAACAGCAGGCAGCAAAAGGUACCACUGGUGUGCCCAGGACGUCUGUGUUUGACCGGCUGGGAGCUGAGAUGAAGGCAGACACAACCACAGGGAAUAAGCCUACGGGGGUCUUCAGCCGCCUGGGGGACGCACUGGAGGCAGAGGAGGACAAAGCCGCAGAGAGCGACGACGACUGCUCCGUCCUGCAGUAUGCUGGCGUCCUGAAGAAGCUCUCCAAGCCUUUACGCAAGGAAAGUGCCAAACCAGGAGUCACCAUCAAAGCAAAAGCCACAAGCUCGGAGGCAAAACCAGCUGUGACGACCAUUCGACGACUUGGCAAUAAGAGCUCCGGCCUGGCGGUGAAGGAAAAGAAGGCGGAAUCAGCGUCCAAAGUCAGCGUCAUCCAGAGACUGGGCAAGCCCGCCCUGCCCACCGAGGCCCAGGACAGCAGCGUCACCAGCACGAAGAACAAAGCCGAGCCGCAGUUCAGGGUCACUCUAAAGAGGACUUUGGGUAGCACUAAGGUAAGCAGCACCAGCGAAAUCUAUAGCGCUCAGAUGGACAAUACAGGGACUGUUAGUGUCUUUAAAAGACUGGGCAAGAAGGCAAACUGAUCGGUGAAAAGCGCCUGGAAGGUUUGGUUCUGAAGCCGCUAGUGUCCGAACCACUUUGUCCUUUGUCUGCAUUGUUACCACUCUCUUUACAUGCAUGUAACCCUGUGUGGGGGAUUCCCAGAGACCUGUCUCUGUCUCCUUCGGCAGGAUCGGGGCGCCUGGCCCAGACCCAACUCGGCUUGAGUGGAGUGUGCGUGUGCUCUGCUCCUGGUUCAUUCCUUACCAUUAAACUCAAAGGGCACAAGCCGCUGUGUGAAAUGAGUUGGGAUUCUUGCAUGGUGGCUGCCUACAUCAAAACAGAACCAUCACAAUUGAUGUGAGUUGUGCGCCCCCUUGUCUGGAGGCCUCAGCAGAGAAGACCAGGCGAGAAUGGGUCCUGGAGACUACGCCCCUACUCCCCGCAGUGGGUCUGCGGCACGGCAGAAGCCUGGGCUCUGGCUAACGGAGGGCUUUCCACUCCCAGGCUGUCGUCCAAGCGCCUUUCACCAGCGCUAAAGUGCACUGAAAGCUUUUUUCUAUUCUUUUUUUCUAUCUUGUUCCCUCUGCAGGUUCUUGCCUGUAUCUAGGAAGUAGCGUCUCGAGGUCUCCGUACAGAGAUAAUACGGAGUGGGGACACUGCUGGAACUCUUGAGUCUAAGAGGGUUUCCUAGCAACCUAUAAAACCAAACGUAAGGGCUCCCGGACACUGCGCAGGCGUCUGUUUGAAUGUUGUCAGUCCAAGAGUAUUAAUCUAAGACCCACGGGAGAUGUCUCUUCUCCUUCCGUCCUCACACCUGCUCUUGUGUGAACAUUUCUUAGUCCCUGUGCUAGCGUCACUCCACCUGCCUGCCCAGUACAGCAUUACACUUGUGUUCCAGGCAUGGGUUUCCACCCGGAUCUGUGCUGACCUUGCACCCUGAGAGUGUGGCAUGGAUUCGAACAGGUCCGUGGGCAGCUCCAGAGUCUGCCAGGAACAUGCUAAGAGUAUGCGUGGCCUGGAUUUGUUUGGUCAGUUCAAGAAGAAAUAUUUUGUUUGUGGGGGAUGGGGAGAUAUUUUGUUCAGAUGUCUGGGCAGUUGCCCUCAAGUGUAAAAGCAGCACAGUUCUGCACAGGGCCAGUUUCUCUUCGGAUUUCCCAGCUCAGAGUCAAUCGGCCUCAUCCCCCGAGGCUAGAUCCUGGCCUUGCUUUCCAGGAGGCAGCAUAACUCCCACUCCUGACAGGAUUUCAGCACCCUCGUGCUGAGAGGUUUGGUUCUGAGUAGCACAGAGAUUCAGCAGUGAAGUCAUUUUGCACAUGUGCAAAUACAAAGGCAGAUGUCUGGCUUUGAUUACUUCUCAGCGUCUCUGUCCCAAGGGGAUUGCCUCCCCUUCCUAAAAGGCAGGACUCCUGUACAUUCUUUUGUGUAGGGAGACUAGCCCAUUAUGCAGCCUGGGACAGGAGCCAGGGUCACUCCCAUGCUGUGUGGUGGCCCCCGUUCCGAGUGGACACGUGUCUGUAUCAAAGAACCACCGGGGCAGCUGGUGCUGCCACUCCUGGGGGAAGCCUCUGCAGAGAGGCUGAGGACUGAGUCCUGGACAGCAAGCUCCUGUCUCCGCUCUAGGGCAGAAUGUAGCAUCUGGCAGGGGCAGCUUGUCCUGUUCUGUGGGGAGUCACGGGCUGUCAGGCUGUGGGCCGGCUAGUUCAGAGGGCUCUGUUUGUGCUCCCCUCUUCCCCUCACUAAAAGGGGUUACUCCUCCCAAGUAGGUACUGUGGGUGGGGGAGAGGGGUCAAUGCCUGUCAGGCUAGCUGGGUAGCUGUCAGGAGUUCACAGACAAAGCUUGGCGGUGCCGAGAGAGGUUCCCUGCUGGAGCACCAGACUAAGGUGGUCACAUGCAGCCCACAGACCUGGAGCAUGGCGUGCAGCCGCACUCCUCCACCCUCCGUUGGUGAGUGCUGCAAGAUAUUCGGAUAAAGAGCACUAGGUCCGUGCUAAGUGGGUUAUCUUACUAAAGAGAGUGUAACCUGCUGGAUAGGCCCCAGCCGGCAACGCUCCGUUUUGGCUGGGAGCGUCUGCGGGACAUGGCACCGGAGCAAGGAUGAGUGGCUGCCGUUGGCUUCCUUGCCAACUGAUGAAAUGUGGUUGUCGCUGUAGACCACCUCUGCCCUAAACCCAAUGCGGUGUUAGCCUGCCAUGUCGUCGUGCGGUUUCAGGUCUCUGUGUAUUGGGGCUGCAGCUGAGGCGCUGGGCUGAAGGACCGACUUAAUCCAAACAACAAUUCUUCCUUCUUCUAUCUACUGUUCUUUAUUAAGCCAAACAGGAGGUUUAAUGUCUCUGGAUGUAGGCCUUCUCCUUAAGGAGAUCCUGUCGCAUUUUUUGCUGUGGGUUUACUGCAUCCCUUUAGCUUUUCUAUUUUAUCAUCUGUUUUUAAGUGGUUGCCUGUAUUGGCCUUCCUGUUUGUUCUGAAGUGCUAACUUUUCUUGUGAAACGCCCGCUUUGCAGGUUCCGAAGGCUUUAUAACGGGGUUAAAACACAAGUGUUCAGCUGUGGGACGGAGAUGAGGAGGCUGUUUCUGAGGGGAGGGGAUGGGGUCAUUGGAUCCAAGAAAGGGAAGUUUGGGUGUGUCUCUCCCCCCUCUCCCCCAAGACAAAAUAGGCAAGUUGGCAUAACCCGUUUCUGGGCGUUUUCGUCGUGCUUUCGAAAGGAGGGUUAGUGUUCUGAAUGUUUUUAGACUGUUCGAGGCAAAAUACUUUUUUUUUUUAAGAAGGAGAAUGAAAUCUGCGCACAGGCUACGUUGUGUAGUCAGCGGCCGUAGAGGCAGUAGAGAUUUGUGUAAUGCACUCAAGGCACGUGCCGUGAUUCUUCAAGGAUUUGACGUGCUGUUGCAAUAAAGCAUAAAAAA